AUGAGAAGAAUUGAUGUGUUGUUAGGAGAUUUGCCUGUGGUGCAAAGAGAAGUCAGAGAAAAGACUACUAAGGCCCAACAGUUUUGUUCAAACCUAGAAGAAACUCACAAGGGAAAAUUGGAAGAAAGAUUGGAAGGUCUCUUUUUCAUUCACGAUGUUCUUGGAAAAGGCGCUUACAAACUUAGGACCCUUGGUGACAAGGUUGGAAACAAAGAGCCUAUGGGAAUCAUCUAA